UCCGACCUACACGAAAGCAGAUGAGUAUAUAGAUCCACACCCCUAUAGAAAACUCGAAAAUGCAGUAGACCAGUCAGAAAUCAAAAACGACUUACCUGUAAAUGACGAGUCUGAAAAUAAAAUAGAGAAAAACAUUCAAUCAGAAGUCAUGGGAAAACAAGAUGGAGCCAACGAGCUUGGCUGUGAUCUGGAUGGAGGAAACAUAGAUCCGGCAUAUACACAACGAAAUGAACAAGAAACAUCGGACGAAUCCAUGUCUUCUGCAAAUAAUGAUGGGAAUAUCGAUGAGUGCCCAACGAACAUUGAUGGAGGAUAUAUACAUGCUGUAUGGACCCAGGAAUUCGACACAGGAAAACGCGAAGGUAAAUUCGAAAAUUCCGAUAUGGACAGCCCACUUGAAACAUCGGCUGCAAAUUUCAAAGGGGCAAUGGUGGAAACGACUCCCAAAGGGAUAGCCCCGGAACAAGACAUGGAUGUUGAACAAAAGGAUCCAGAAAAGAACGUAGAAUUUGCAAACCGGACAUGUCAGGAGAACAUUGUUACAACAUGCGAACAGGAUUUUGAGACAGAGGAACACGGAGGAAAAUUGGAGGAAAUGACAGUCGAAGAGAUCAUUCCAACAAGGGACUGCAAAUAACCUGUAGACCGAAUUACAACAGAGAGUUUUAACAACGUAAAGGGUUUGAAGAACUUGUAUCAAUCGCACGUCAAUCACAUACUAAUGUUAUGCUAGAUUUUCUUUAUGGAUUUUUAUUUCUUUAAAUGCGUAUUUUAAAAAUUGUACAAAGAUUGAACAUAAUGCCAUUGUAUUUUGUAUUAUUCGCAUUUGUCGCUAUAGUGUACAUAGGUAGCUCAUCUUUUACAGUUUUAUAUAAAAAAAAUAUAAAAUAUAAAAAAAAACCUGUUCUUUAUAUUACAUAUUGACUUAAGGUAGUGGACCCGUAAUGACAAUGAAAUUUCCGUUCGUUUACGAAUCCCCUGUGUGCGAUUUCGGCAUGUUUCGGCCUUUACAGAAACUUAUCUUUCAUAGCAAUAGGAGAAAGCCGAAAUUGCAUACGGAGAUAUGCAAACGAACGAAAAUUGAUUGUCAUUGGGGGACCAUUUACUUUAAUUGACCUUACGCCAGUGUUGAUUGACAUGUUCCAACUGACCAAUCAGAUAACAGAACUGAUAAGCCUUGUUGUUAGCCGCCAUUUUGUCCGUCAAACUUAGUGCCGGACUCGCCAGUCAAAGAAUAUAUAAAUACCACCGAAAAAUCGUCCAAAAUGGUAAAAAGGUGACGUUACGACACCUUUACAUCAGACACAGGGAAGAGAGUGUAAUACUAGAGCGCUUCCCUUUUCCAAAUCCACUCUCAGACUACGAAUAUUGUCAACGAUGUAUCAUGCUCUGUGGACGUCCUCAAGAAUAGUUGAUCUUAAAAAAUCUUAUAAGAGUGUUUAAAAGCAAAGCAAUUCGACUUAGCACUCAUUGUGUUAUAACGUUUUAAUUACAUGUGUAUUUCAUUUAAAUCAGUGUAAAAUUCUAUGAAAAUUAACUUUCUUAUUUAACAAAAGUGCCUAGUAUUCUUUAUUCAAUAGUAAAAAUAUUCCAUCAGUUACCAGAGUAACUGGUACGUACUGAUAAAACACAAGUAUUUGAUGUUCUAUAUUAUUUGAAUGGUAAAGUGUAAAUAUUAUGCCUUAAUGUACCAGAAACAUGAUUUAUGCAUUUUUUAAGGUUUACAUCAAUCUCCCACUGGUGUAUGUUAAGUCAUACCUGGGUGAUAAUACAACAGAUAAUAAACAUGAUAAAAAACUAUGAUUAAUAUAAGAUUAUUUUAAUGAGUCUAAUCAACAAUUUUCCAGGCGCUCAAAGUUUUGACUUAGCACUCGGUGUGUGCUUUCGUUCUAAAUUUCAUUUUAAUAGACAGCGUAAACUUCGUCUAAAAUUCCAGAAAAAAUAGCAUAUUUCGUAUAAAGAAGAUAUGUUCUUAAACAAAAAAUUAUACAUUCAUUCUGUAUACUUUAUAAAGAAGUUUGGUAGGCUCAAACAUUGUUUUAAGCUGCGAUGCGCCGGUAUGUCUUGAAAUAUGAGUAUGGACUAUAUCAUCGCCUUGGACUAUAUCUUAUUUAUUUAUCAUUUACACGUUUUAAUUCUAAUAAGAGAACUUUCUCUACUUAUACUUAAAACACAUCAUGUCUAAGUAUAAGACAUUAAAUGCUAUGUAUCUGAAUAAUGUUGAACAAUGAUAUGAGCAUUUUAAAUGAGUUCCGGUAUUUCGAAAUCCGACGUUUCUUAAAUGACACAAGUGACAAUUUUUACAUGUAAAUUACCUUAUUUAAUUUAUCUAAUUAUUUUGAAAUAGGAUUCAGAAUCCACAGUCUGAUUUCAACCUUAGUUAAUAAAAAUAUGUGUUCUAGUCUGCUUAAUAUAGUCAUACCCUACAUGAUUUCCGGAAGAUCGAAAUUUGACGUUUCUAUAAUGAAAAAGAAACGGACAAUUAAAAAAAAAACACACAAAAUCAGCUAUAAUAGUUUCAGAGAUUUCCGUCAUUUUUACGUGUUUUCCGCUCGGCCCCCUGCCUUGUUUAGUUUUUCUCAUACUCGGGUGCAGUUCCCGGCUUUUAACAACAACGUAUCGUUGUUUUUUGUAGAAUUUAUGUUUCGCUACAGAACAUCCACUUAUUAACGAUUGUGUUUCGUCUUUUCACUUUAGAAAUACGUGUGAACUGAGGUAGCAUACGCCGAAAUCAACUAGAAUGUCCGGCAAAAUAUUUCUGCCGUCGCUAUUUUAUUCCUUUGUUUGUCGGGCCUAGCAUGAAUUGUUCCCCCUGAAAACUGGUAGGCGUGGCUACAGGCUAUCUGGCGUAAGGUCAAUUAAAGAUGGUCAGUCGGAUGUUGGACAUGAUGUUGAUUUUAAUGAAAAUACUUAGUAGAGAGCAUGUUUGGAAUUCGCCGAUUGUUUCAGUAGUAAGUUGCCUACAUGAAACAUAUUUAAAUUUUACUUUUCUUUGCGUCAGGGCCCAGUGGUUCAAAACUUUAACUGGCUGUUAAACUAACCGCCUGUUUAAUUCUAAUUCAACAUAUUAUGCAUGAUGGGAACCACUAGUAUGAUGUUUCUAGUAUUUUUUCUAAGUCUUCUAAAAUGUCGAAAUGUAACUCUAAAAGUUAAUCAAUCGCCGGCUUAAUCGCCUGUUAAAGUUUUGAACAACUUGGCCCUGAUAGUUAUCAAAUGUAGAUUUAAGUCUUAGAGAAACAUUUAUUGUUAUUUAAAUGAUUUAAAAGGAAUGUUAAACAGAUUGUAAAAACUGAUAAUGCGUUGGAAAAGUUAAAAAUGACGUUAUAGCAAAAUUAUGUAGAUCUACCAUUUAAACCAUGUAAAAAUAUUCAGACAGCUAUGAUAAUGCAUUUUCAUAUCCUUUAUUAUUGUGAGAUUAUUAUAGUUUGAAUACUAGUUAUCUAUAUUGUAUAUGUGUUUAAGAUAUCGUUCAAGAUGAUUGAAAACUUAAUUGUAUAUAAAUAUGUGAAACUUGAUAAAUAUGCAAUUUUUUUCUUUCCGUUUUCGCUUUUCAAGUUUUGUAUUGUCUCGCCUUCUUUUUCCUUUUAUCGUUUCAAAUACAUGAGAUAUUAAUAAUAGCCCAGUGUAAGUUGCUGAUCACCAUAAAAUCAAUAAUUUUGGCAUGCUUUCUUAUCCACAAUACAUUUAACAUUUCUAUAAUAAUUGAACUCAAAACAAAAAUAAGUACUUUUCAGUAAAAUAAAAUACCUGCAUAAUUCAAACAACUUUUCAGUUUUGGAAGCUGAAGUAGUGAGCACAGUACCUUACAUGCACUUCUUUGGGUAGUUGAUAUACUCGAGGAGUAAUACCUCUCAUGGUUUUAAUGCUUGCAUGCACUGAAAACUAUUUUAAGAUAUUAAGUGCUAUUAGGCCUCUUGUUAGAUGUAGACAGUUAUGAAAUAUAAUGCACUUUUGUUCUACUGUACGGUGUUUACAUACAAUUAUUUUAUAUUAUUAUUGCUCAUGUAUAAUACAUAUUUUGUUGUUUCUUACAUUUUAUCGCAUAUUUGGAGUAUUUAUAAUUUUUUGAAUAUGUCUGUUCAAAAUAUUUUCGGAUUCGAGCCGUUUAGGCAGUUUACCACAAUUAGAGGAGGUAAUCUCGGAUAUCAAUUAGGUAUGGAUAAGUGAUACACUUUGCGCUGUUUUGUAAAUAUAUUUAGCAACGGCACUGUAUAUAAACUGGCUACCGCAGACCAAUGUUGUUGUUUUUUAUCAUUAUAAGUUAAAAACUAUAUACUGCAUUUGUUUUUAAAUAUAUGUUAUGUAUUGAUUUGUUUAAAGUAUGUGUUUUGAAUACUCUAUUACUUUCUUUCUAGUAUGAAAACUGUUGAAACGUUAUAUGAAGACCCUACACAAAGAUAAUAAUCAUAAGUUCCACAAUUUUAAUGUAAAUAUAUCACGAAGAGUUGGCAAAUUUUAAAUUGCGUUAUGGAAGUCUAAUGUAUUCAACCUUGUAGUAAUCUUAUGACAAAUUUUAAACUUUAUUUACCUUAAGUUUUUAUGAAAUAUUAAGCCAAUUUAGUCUCUUUUUAAAGAAUUAAGGGAUACCACAGUGUUGUAGAAAUAGUGAACAAUAAUGCAUGCAAUACUGCAGCAAGUCUCAUGUGUUGCGAUAAAACAUCUUUAAACUAUAUCCUCAAGUUGCACUUUUAUUUUUACAACGGCAUUCAGUUAUUGCAUUGCAAAUUAUUUAUAAUAUGUUAUAAAAAAUAUUCCUAACUGAUAUACUGAAAACUGUUUUCUGUGAAAUAAGGCAGAUUUUUUUAAUUUCCCGGUAAGUUUUCUGAAAUUGAGUUAUUACUAUAUAACGUUCAACCUUUGAUAUAUAAUCAUUAAUUUAUUAAAUUGUUUUAAACAAACUCAUUAAUUUUGUACAUAUUAAUAUGGCUGUAAAAUUUAUAAAAAGUGGAGAAAUACAUGUACACUACAAAAACCUGAAAACUGUUUGAAUCCGCUAUAACGCUAUAAAUGUUUUGGCUAUGUAAUAAUUAUCAUUAUUUUCUCAAUAUCAUAAAUUGGUAUUCUUCCGGGGUUUUCUUUAUUUGUUGUUUAUAAAAAUAUACUGUUAUAUUCAAGUACAUGUAUAUAUUAUGUAUUAAUAAUGUUGGUUUUACUGUGUAACAAAAUAUUUAGAAAAUCAUUUUUAAAUGAAUGAACAUUGUUUCAGCAUAUUUUACAGAAUUAUGAAUUUGUUAUUUCAAUGUUUGUAAAUAAAAGUUUGAAUUAAUUGGUAUGUUUUCAAAUAUACA